AUGGAAUCUCUGGGCAAGGAAUAUGACUUGGAUGGUAAUCGGGUUAAUCAAGGACUUAGUGUCUAUGGAAAUAAAGGAAGCACAGAUCAACAUGCCUAUAUUCAGCAACUGAGGGACGGUGUACACAAUUUCUUUGCAACAUUCAUUGAGGUGCCUUCAUGGAAGGAGAAAACAAACCUAAUGCAGAACUGUUUUGAAUAUCAGGAUCCAAACUAUGACUGUUCUGUAAAGGGAGUUCCUGAUUUUAAUGGUGAUGGUGAUGGCAUAUCCAAUCAAGCAGUAGCUGACAGUUUCGAAGAUAGGAAACUGGGAGUAAGUCAGUUCGUGAGAAGAUUCUACUAG